GAGCUUUUGGGUCCUUAGCAGUUUGUCCUUCGCGUCGUCCCGAUGACCUCAGCAGCCUAGAUGGAAGCCGUAUAUAUAUAGCUCCUUCAUCUUUCCCUGGCAGUAUCUACACGCUCACCGAACCGACGAAAUGAAGCUGAUCGUCCUCGCCUGCCUGGCUGCCGUGGCCCUCGCCGCUCCCCGCCCUCAGGACGACCCGGUCGCCAUCCUUCGCGACGACCGCCAGGAUGACGGCGACGGCAACUUCAAGUACGAGUUCGAGUCCGACGAUGGCACCUUCGUGUCUGCCGUUGGCACUCCUGGCGCCGAAGGCCAGAGCAACAUCCAGGGGUCCUACAGGUUCACCCUCCCCGACGGCACCAUCGCCGAAGUCACCUACAUCGCCAACGAGAACGGCUUUCGAGCAGAUCCGAUUCGCCGAGGAGCAGCGGGCGGCGGGAGUGGUCGUAGGGUCCUCCUUCUAGAUCCCCAGUGCCAGUCCUCCUUCUAAAUCCUCUGGCCCACGAUGGGCGAACAGCAAAUCACCAUGAGAAAGGAAUUAAUAUUGUAAUAACGAAAACUUACUGUUUUCGUAAUUUUCAUGCGAUUUUAAUGAAAUGGAAUAAUGUAA